AUGUUUCCAGCUAUCAUUUUGGUGGGCUGGCUAAUAGUAGCCAACACCCGCCUCCCCGUUUCCCCGUCCCGCUCCCCGUUUCCCCUUCCCGCCUUCCCGUUUCCCCGUCCCGCUCUCCGAUUCCUCUUCUCGCCACCCCGUUUCCCCUUCCCGCCUCCCCAAUUCCCGUUCCCGCCUCCCCAUUUCCCCUUCCCGCCUCCUGUUUCCCCUUCCAGCUCCCCAUUUCCCCUUCCUGCCGCCUCAUUUCCCCUUCCUGCCGCCUCAUUUCCCCUUCCUGCCUCCCCAUUACCCAUUCCCACCUCCCUGCUUCCCCUUCCCGCUCCCCAUUACCCCUUCCCGCCUCCCCGUUUCCCCAUCCCGCUCCCCAUCUCCCCUUCCCGCCUCCCCAUCACUCAUUUCUUUGAACCAUUUUCGUCCUUCCACCUCCUAUGCAUCUCCUUUCCCUACCUAUGCAUCGCCUAUCCCUACCUAUUCAUCUCUCUUCCUUGCCUUCGCAUCACCCCUCCAUGCCCUCGCAACCAUCUCUCCCGCAUCUCCUACUUGCCUUCGCCUACCCUUCCUUCCCCUGCCAUAACCUUUCAUCCCCCGCCAUACCCUUCCAUCUCCUGCGAUACUCUCCCAUCCCAUCCCCUUCAAACCACUCUCAUCCCAUCCCCUUCAAACCCCUCUCAUCCCAUCCCCUUCAAACCCCUCUCAUCCCAUCCCCUUCAAACCCCUCUCAUCCCAUCCCCUUCAAACCCCUCUCAUCCCAUCCCCUUCAAACCCCUCUCAUCCCAUCCCCUUCAAACCCCUCUCAUCCCAUCCCCUUCCAGCCCCUUCGAUCCUCUUUGA